AUGGCCUCGGCCACCAGCACCAGGAAGAUGAGGGAGGAGGCCACCUGCAGCAUCUGCCUGAACCUCAUGAGCAGCCCCAUGAGCAUCGCCUGCGGCCACAGCUACUGCCACUGCUGCAUCGUCAACUUCAUCAAGAGGUUUGGCCAAUGGCAGCCCCUGCAGGGCUUGCCCUGUCCCCAGUGUCGGAUCCCGUUCCACAUGGACAGCCUCCGGCCCAACAAGCAGCUGGGCAACCUCAUCGAGGCCAUCCGGGAGCAGGAGCAGGAGCUGUCGUGCGAGGAGCAUGGGGAGAAGCUGCACCUGUUCUGUGAGGACGAGGGCCAGCUCAUCUGCUGGCGCUGUGAGCGCACAGCGCAACACCACGGGCACAGCACGGCACUCUUGGAGGACGUCUGCCAGGGCUACAAGGAAAAGCUUCAGGAAGCAGCGACAAAAUUGAGGCAACUGGAUCAGGAGUGUGUGAAUCUGAAGGUGUCCACGGCACAGCAGAUAACCAGAUGGAAGGAGAAGGUGCAGAUUCAGAGACAGAAGAUCCAGUCUGACUUCAAGAACCUCCAGAGCUUCCUCCGUGAGGAAGAGAAGUCCCAUCUCUGGAGGCUGGAGAAGGAGGAGGAGGACGCCCUGCGGGUGCUGAGGGACAGGGAGGCCAGUCUGGGGCAGAAGAGCCAGGAGCUCCAGAGCCACAUCCAGGACCUCGAGAGAAAAUGUCAGGGCUCAGCCCAGAACCUGCUGCAGGACGUGAAAGGUACCCUGAACAGGAGUCUGGCCGUGCGCCUGGAGACGCCAGAUCCCCUGUCCCUGGAGCUGCACAGCGCCUGCGAAGUUUCCGAGCUCUACCUGGACGUGAGGAAGCUGCUGAAGCAGUUUCGAGCUGAUGUGACUCUGGACCCGGAGACGGCGCACCGUGAACUAAUUCUGUCCGAGGACCAUAGACAGGUGACGCGUGGGUACCCCCAGGAGAACCUGCCCGCUUUGGCGAGGAGGUUCACCGCCUCGCCCUGUGUCCUGGGCUGCGACGGCUUCGUCUCCGGAAAACAUUACUUUGAAGUGGAUGUGGGGGAGGGCACCGGGUGGGACGUGGGGGUCUGUGCGGAAACGGUGCCGAGGGACGCCGGCAUGAAGCUGGAGCCCCAGUGCGGCUUCUGGGCCAUCAGGCUGUGCAAAAAGAACCGCUACACGGCCCUCACCGCGCCCCCCACGCCCCUGCCUCUGAGCGAGCGGCCUCUGGUGGUGGGGGUCUUUCUGGACUGCGAGGCUGGCCUGGUGGCCUUUUACAGCAUGCCGGCCGGCACCCACAUCUUCUCCUUCCCGAGGGCCGUGUUCUCUGGCGCCCUCCGGCCCUACUUCCAGGUCUACCCAUACUCUCCUCUGUUCCUGCCUCCGGCCGACGCCUAGGGAAGGGGCAGCCUCCUCUCUGGCCUGCCCAGUCCACGGAAUAGGGUGUGAAUCCCGCAAGGGUCGAAAUCCGGUUCUUGAUCUCUACUGCCACCCUCCCCGUACUCAGGGCGGUGCUGGGCUUUGUCCAGCGUGGAGCCCACGAGUCUGCACCGAGGAGCAGAUGGCCAAUCUGAACUGAGGCGAAGUCAGAAAACGGACAUGAAGUACCUGUCCUACCCUCCUCGAUGGGCUCCGGGCUUCGACCUCUGAGGGUCCCUGGGGACAGGCAGGCGGCCCAGAGGCCAGAAGGUCUGCUUCCUCCCAGUUUGCCUGACGCCGUGGAAGUGUGGGUGUGAGGCUGUGGAAGGCCGCCUUUGUGUAGAGGAGCCGGAAGGCCAGCACAGCGGGGACUCCUCCGCCCACUGGCAUGCUGAUUGCUCUGAGCUGCAGCCCCGCAGCCCAUCAGACUCAGUGACCUCUGCCUGCGAAGUGAGUGUGAACACUUAGCGUUAACCAGGGGCCACAGGUGGCAUGGGGGUUAAGGAGCUGGAUUCCCGCAUGGGCAACCACGAGUCCUGGACCUCAUAUCUUGACAAUCAUGCCCGUGCAUGUGCACACAUGGCCAGAAUCCAGAGAGGAU